AUGGCUUCCCGAGGACCCUCAGGCCCGCGCGGCGGCGGCAACAACCGCUUUGCGCAGUUCAAGCUCGUGCUUCUGGGUGAAUCCGCCGUUGGAAAGAGUUCUAUAGUCUUGCGUUUUGUCAAGGACCAAUUCGACUCGUUCCGCGAAUCCACGAUCGGUGCCGCUUUCUUGACGCAAACAAUUUCUCUUGACGAGACCACGACUGUCAAGUUCGAGAUUUGGGAUACUGCUGGCCAGGAGCGCUACAAAUCGCUGGCGCCCAUGUACUAUCGCAACGCCAACUGCGCCGUGGUCGUGUAUGAUAUCACGCAAGCGGCAUCACUAGACAAGGCCAAGGCCUGGGUCAAAGAGCUGCAACGUCAAGCCAACGAGAACAUUAUCAUCGCUCUAGCAGGCAACAAGCUCGAUCUCGUGAACGAGCAGCCUGACAAGCGAGCCAUUCCUACUGCUGAUGCCGAGGCUUACGCUAGAGAAGCUGGCCUUCUAUUCUUCGAGACAUCGGCAAAGACGGCCGAGAAUGUCCGCGAGCUGUUCACAGCCAUUGCCAAGAAGCUGCCGCUUGACCAAGCUGGCCCACGGCAUGCGCGUCCGGGACAACGACCUGGCGUCAGCCUGCAGCCCGAGAGCGGCAACACCAACACUGGCGGCCAGUGCAGCUGCUGA